AUUUGUAUGGUCCUCAAGUUGUAAUUAUAUUGGUGUCUUAUUGCUGCAGAUUGUUCAACACCUUCCUGCUUUGCUCCUAGGUUGUUUGAAACAGCUGUCUAUACUGAAGGUGGACCAGAACAGACUAACCCACCUGACCGAUUCAAUAGGAGAGUGUGAAAACCUCACAGAGCUGGUCUUGACGGAGAACCUUUUACAAUCACUUCCUCGCUCUCUGGGCAAACUAAAGAAGCUGACCAACCUGAAUGUAGACCGCAACCGUUUGGGCAGUGUACCCAAAGAGCUGGGCGGUUGUUCCAGCCUCAACGUUCUCUCAUUGAGAGACAACCGCCUUGGCAAACUGCCUGCUGAGCUUGCAGAUGCUACUGAGCUGCAUGUGCUGGAUGUGGCUGGAAACAGAUUACAAAACUUGCCUUUUGCUCUGACAAACCUCAAUCUGAAGGCCAUGUGGCUCGCAGAGAACCAGUCACAGCCAAUGCUCAAGUUCCAGACAGAGGACGAUGAGCGAACAGGAGAGAAGGUGUUGACCUGCUAUUUACUGCCCCAGCAACCUUCCCCAAGCCUAGAAAACUUGCUGCAGAACAGUGUGGAUGACAGCUGGACAGACAGCAACCUGAACCGAGUGUCGGUCAUUCAGUUCCAGGAAGAGACCAAGGCUGAGGAGGAGGAUGAUGAGGCUGCUGCAGAGCGCAGAGGUCUUCAGCGCAGAGCCACACCGCACCCCAGUGAGCUGAAGGUGAUGAAGAAGGUGAUUGAGGAAAGGAGGAACGAGGCUUAUACAACCAGACUUGAUGGAGAAGAAGAGUCCUCUGACCCACAGGAGAAACGGCUCAGCGACCUCUCCAAUCAAAGUCACGACUCCCAGGUAUCCAACAGCACACUAUCGGCCACCUCCCAUGACGAGAGACAAAACACGACUGCUGUCUCGCAGAGGGAGGAUCUUGUGGACGGCCAUUCCCCUCAGGAGGAGGAAGAGCUUGAUGAGAUGGAGGUGGAGUACAUUGAGCCCACUGUGCACUUUGCAGAAGAGCCUAUCAUCCGCGGUGGGGAUGAGGACGACGAUGAGGAUGGGGAAGAUGGUGAGAGGAGUGAUGAAGAAGACGAUAGACCGUCUUUUCCUGCAGAGAAGCAGCGUCUGAUCAGAAAGGACACGCCACAUUACAAGAAGCACUUCAAGAUCACCAAGUUGCCCAAACCCGAAGCUGUCGCCGCACUGCUGCAGGGCUACGGCCCUGACGGCCUCAACUCUCCGAUACAGGCGGCUGAGGAUGAGGAGGAUGAGCACAGUAUUGGUACCCCUCAGCACCAUCACAGAAUGGAUGAGCUGGAGGACAGCCGGCAACAGGUCAACUCCAGUCAAGUAAAGGGGGUGUCAUUUGAUCAAGUCAAUAAUCUGCUGAUUGAACCUGCUCGAAUUGAGGAGGAAGAGCACACCCUGACCAUCCAACGACAAACAGGCGGUCUGGGAAUCAGCAUUGCCGGAGGGAAAGGAUCCACGCCUUACAAAGGAGAUGACGAGGGAAUCUUUAUCUCCAGAGUAUCUGAAGAGGGACCUGCAGCCAGAGCAGGGAUCAAAGUGGGAGACAAACUCUUAGAGGUGAAUGGAGUCGACCUCAAUGAGGCAGAACAUCACACAGCGGUGGAAGCUCUCCGCAGCUCUGGUGCUUCAGUUUCCAUGUCAGUGCUACGGGAGCGCAUGGUGGAACCAGAGAACGCCAUCACCACCACGCCGCUGAGGCCGGAGGACGACUACUUCCCACGGGAGAGGCGCAGCAGCGGCAUCGCCUUCAACAUGGAGCCGAGCCUCAGCGGUCCCAGGCAGCGGCUGUCCACCUCCCUGUUCCGCAAUGACAAGGGGCUGGGAUUCAGCAUCGCAGGGGGGAAAGGCUCCACGGCGUACCGCACAGGAGACACGGGAAUCUACAUCUCUCGCAUUGCAGAGGGUGGAGCGGCACACAGAGACAGCACGCUGCGUGUAGGCGACAGGGUGAUCUCUAUCAAUGGUGUAGACAUGACAGAGGCCAGGCAUGACCAGGCAGUAGCGCUCCUUACCGGCACCUCCCCCACAAUCGCUCUCCUGGUGGAGCGAGACCCGAAUUCACCAGGGGGCUCUCCAGGUCAAUCCCGGGCACGUGCCCACUCCCCUCCACCGCCAGAACCCUCCGAUUCACCGGACCAGGAGGAAGAAGGCCUCUCGAUUCACGGGAACCACCUGGGUCGGAUGGAAGACGAGUACCCAAUCGAGGAGGUAAUCCUGGUGAAAUCAGGUGGCCCCCUUGGCUUGAGCAUUGUGGGAGGUAGUGAUCACGCCAGUCAUCCAUUCGGCAUCAACGAGCCUGGGGUGUUCAUUUCAAAGGUGAUUCCUCAGGGCCUGGCAUGUCAAAGCGGACUUCGCGUUGGAGACCGAAUAUUGGAGGUGAACGCCAUCGACCUGCGUCAUGCCACUCACCAGGAGGCUGUGCGAGCCCUGCUGGCCAACAAGCAGGAGAUUCGUAUGUUGGUGCGGAGGGAUCCUUCACCGCCCGGGAUGCAGGAAAUUAUUAUCCAGAAGCAGCCAGGGGAGAAGCUCGGCAUCAGUAUUCGUGGAGGGGCCAAGGGUCAUGCUGGAAACCCCUUUGACCCCACGGAUGAAGGAAUCUUCAUCUCAAAGGUGAGCUCAAGUGGCGCAGCAGCAAGAGACGCCCGACUGCAGGUUGGCAUGCGGAUCCUGGAGGUGAACAACCACAGCCUGCUGGGGAUGACGCACACGGAGGCAGUGCGGGUGCUUCGUGCUGUGGGAGACUCUCUGGUCAUGCUGGUGUGUGACGGUUUCGACCCAAACAAAGUGGCAGCUGGGGAGGCAUCUCCUGGCAUCAUUGCAAACCCGUUUGCAACAGGGAUUGUGCGUAAGAACAGCAUGGAAAGCAUCUCUUCUAUAGACCGAGAUCUGAGCCCAGAGGAAAUAGACAUCAUGCAGAAGGAGUCUGAGAUGGUGAGAGAAACGUCACAGUGGGAGCGUGAAGAGAUGGAGAAAGUGGAGCGAAUGCGCUUGGAUCGUGAGGAGGCAACUCGCCUGCUAGAAGAGGAGACUGAGAACAUCGGCACUGGACCUUUAAAACUUGACUACAAAACCCUGGCUGCACUUCCCACCACCAGUCUGCAGAAGGUCAACAGGGCACCUUCCUCUGAUUUCACCAGGACAGACAGCCCCAUCAGGGAGACACCCUACUCCCCCACUAUCCAACCGCCCAGCCACCACUCUUCCAACAGCUCCCUGACAGGCAGGGAGACCCGCUUCGUAAGUGGGUCGUGUGGCCCUCUCUGCUCUGGCCUGGAUUUAUUUUUUUAACCUUUUUUAGCACGU